CUCGCCGCCGCCGCCGCCCGCUCCCUGGGCACCGCAGUGCCCCUGGCCCACGUGGUGCUGGAGGGUCACAAGGACCGGCCACCCCUGGUCCUGCUCCACGGGCUCUUCGGCAGCCACGGCAACUUCCAGACGGUGGCCAAGACGCUGGUGCGGCGCGGGAGCGGCAAGGUGCUGACGGUGGACGCCCGGAACCACGGCGGGAGCCCCCACAGCCCAGAGAUGACCUACGAGGCCAUGAGCUUGGACGUGCAGCACCUCCUGAGCCGCCUGGGCAUUGCCAAGUGCAUCCUGCUGGGACAUAGCAUGGGUGGCAAGACUGCCAUGACAUUGGCCUUGCAGCGGCCAGACCUGGUGGAGCGCCUCAUCGCCGUGGACAUUGGUCCUGGCUCGACCGCCCCCGUGUCCGAAUUCUCUGCCUACAUCUCUGCCAUGAAGGCAGUGAAGGUCCCGGCUGGCCUGUCCCGCUCUGCAGCCCGACAGCUGGCUGAUGACCAGCUGCAGCCUGUGGUCAAGCUUCCACAGCUCAGACAGUUCCUCCUCACCAACCUAGUGGAGGCUGAGGGCCGCUAUGUGUGGAGGGUGAACCUGGAGGCUAUUUCCCGGCACCUGACAGAUAUCAUGAACUUCCCUGUCUUCCACAAGCCGUAUCCUGGCCCCACGCUCUUCCUGGGAGGGUCUGAGUCGCCCUAUAUCAGCUCCAGAGACUACCCAGAGAUCCAGCGCCUCUUCCCCAAGGCAGAGAUCCAGUACAUCAAAGGUGCAGGGCACAUAGUCCAUCAGGAUAAAUUCGAAGAAUUCAUCACUGCUGUCCUCAAUUUCCUGCCACAGGUGUAGCCAUGAAGACCAGGAUUUCUGCAAGGACCGUGUGGGUCCUGAGGAGCUCUGGCCUCGGGCACAGGGCUUGGGGCUCUGUGAGGAAGGGCUCAGCCAGGACUGGCUGCUCUUGUUGCAGUCUGAUCCUGCCUGCAAGGCUCUCCCAUCCUGGUUGUCCUGCAGCCAGAGUGGAGAGGGACCUCCAUCCCGCUGAGCUCUCCUGCCACCUUGCAGGGACACAGGGUGGCAGCAGCCCAGGACACUGUGCUGCCUGCACUGGAGUGUUGGGCGCUCGGAGGGGGCAGGAGAGCCCUCUCAUUUUCCUGCUGCCAGACCAAUCCGUGGAUCUGGCUGUGACUUUGCAGAACGUGCAAUAAAGCUGAAUUGGUGCCAAGGCA